GGUAGCGCUCAGUGCCGCGCUGGGAGACGGCCGCUCGAAAGCGGCAACAGGCUGACCUCCACACCGCUCCGCACCGCAGCGCGCCAUGGCCUCCGCGGGCGCGGCGCUUCCGCCGCUGCUCCUUGCUCUGGGCAUUCUUCAUAACUGCUGUGAAGCCUACAAUGUUGGGCUCCUAGAAGCAAAAAUAUUUUCAGGUCCAUCAAGAGAACAGUUUGGAUAUACAGUUCAACAGAUUAUAAAUGAACAAGGCAAAUGGUUGUUGGUUGGUUCACCCUGGAGUGGCUAUCCGUCUAACAGAACUGGAGAUAUCUAUGCAUGUCCUGUUGGUAUGUCCAAAACCACAUGUAAAAAACUGAAUUUACAAGCUCUAGUAAAUAUUCCAAAUGUGACUGAGAUAAAGGAAGUCAUGAACCUUGGCUUGACUCUGAUACAGAAUUCAAAAACAGGAGGAUUUUUGACUUGUGGUCCCUUGUGGGCACAGCAGUGUGGAAGCCAAUACUAUGCAACAGGAGUCUGUUCUGAAAUCAGUCCAAGUUUCCAGCUCCUAAGAAGCUUUUCUCCUGCUAUUCAAAAGUGUUCCUCCCUUAUAGACAUUGUGGUGGUUUGUGAUGAGUCAAACAGCAUUUAUCCCUGGGAUGCAGUGCGGGCAUUUUUGAAAAAAUUUGUACAAGGCUUAGACAUAGGCCUUAACAAAACCCAGGUGGGUUUAAUUCAGUAUGCUAAUAAUCCCCGUGUAGUGUUCAACUUGAGUACCUAUCAAACAAAGGAUCAGGUUGUUAAAGCAAUGGCGAGAACGUAUCAGAAGGGAGGAGAUCUCACUAAUACUUUCAAAGCCAUUGACAAUGCAAGACAGCAUGCCUUCUCACCUGAAUCAGGAGGACGUCCAACAGCCACAAAAGUAAUGGUUGUUGUGACAGAUGGUGAAUCACACGAUGGCUCCAGCUUGAAAACGGUGAUAGGUAAAUGCAAUAAAGACAACAUAACCAGAUUUGGCAUUGCUGUUUUGGGAUACUUAAUCAGGCAUGAGCUUGAUACUAAAAACUUAAUUAAAGAAAUCAAAGGAAUCGCUAGUUAUCCAACAGACAAGUAUUUCUUUAAUGUGUCAUCUGAGGCUGCACUACUGGAAGAAGCAGGAACACUUGGAGAGCGCAUUUUUAGUAUAGAAGGUACAGAUCAAGGUGAUACAUUCCAAAUGGAAAUGUCACAGGUGGGCUUCAGUGCAUAUUACUCACAAAAAAAGGAUGUUCUGCUGCUGGGUGCUGUUGGGGCCUAUGACUGGAGUGGAACAGUAGUUCAGGAGUCUUCAGAGAUGGUCACCACCUUUCCAAGCCAUGUGUUUGAGAAGAUCCUGCAGGACAGAAAUCAUAGUUCUUACCUAGGUUAUUCUGUUGCUGUUCUCUCAACGCAAAGCUCCGUCUAUUUUGUUGCUGGCGCGCCAAGAUCCAACUACACGGGCAGAGUAGUGAUUUAUGAUGUUGACAGUGAUGGUAAUAUCGCAAUUGUGCAGUCCCAGAGAGGCGAGCAGAUUGGCUCCUACUUUGGCAGUGUGGUGUGUUCAGUGGACGUUAACAGGGAUUCUGUGACAGAUGUGCUGCUUGUGGGUGCACCAAUGUUUAUGAAUGACCUGAAGAAGGAGGAAGGGAGGGUAUACAUGUUUUCCAUCACAAAGGGAAUUUUGGAUCAACAAGAACUUUUGGAAGGUCCACAGGGGUCAGAAAAUGCUCGCUUUGGAUCAGCAAUCACAACGCUUGCAGAUAUUGAUUUGGAUGGCUUUAAUGAUAUUGUAAUAGGAGCACCACUGGAGAACCAAAACUCUGGAGCAAUUUACAUUUACAAUGGAUUUCAAAAGACUAUACGUACCAAAUAUUCUCAGAAAAUUUUAGGAUCGGAUUCUGCUUUUGGACAACGGCUCCAAUUCUUCGGAAGAUCAGUAGAUGGCCAUAGAGACUUAGAUGACAAUGACAUUACUGACUUAUCAGUUGGUGCUGAUGGAAAUGUGAUUCUGCUAUGGUCACAAAGCAUUGCAAAUGUGUCCAUAAUUGCAUCAUUUAAACCUGAGAAAAUCAGUCUGCUGAACAAGAACACAGAAAUAACUGUCAAAAUAUGUUUCCAGGCUACAUUUAGACCUGCUAAGAGAAAUAAUCAAGUGGCUAUAAAGUACAAUGCAACACUGGAUGCAGAUCUCCAGUCCUCUAGAGUGUCUUCUAGAGGAUUGUUCAAAGAAAAUAAUGAAAGGUUCAUGCAGAGGGAUCUUGUGGUACUUCAUGAGACUUGUGUUCAUGACAUCUUCAAUGUACAGGAACCUUCUGAUGCAGUGAGUUCACUUAGUUUGCGCAUUGACAUUGGCCUUGCAAAUCCUGGGUCCAGCCCUGUCCUUGACAUAUACUCUCCUGCGUCUGUGGCCUAUAGUAUUCCUUUUAUUAAAGACUGUGGUGAAGAUGAACUUUGUAUCUGUGAUCUUGUUCUGAAUGUUCAGCGGAAGGCAGAUGAUGGCAAACAGCAGUUUGUUGUCAGCAGCAAAAACAGAAGGCUAACGUUCAGUAUGAAAUUGAGAAAUAAAAAGGAAAAUGCAUAUAACACCAGAAUUCAGGCUACAUUUUCAGACAACUUGUUUUUUGCUUCAUCGUCUUUACCGAAUGAUGGAACUGAAGUCUCGUGUCAGACAGGACCAGCACAAAGUACAGUCAUUUGCCAAAUAAGCUAUCCUGUUUUCAGAACAGGACAACAGGUAUCCUUUGAUAUUAGUUUUGAUUUUAACCUGAAAAAUCUUCAGAAUGUGGCAGUUCUAAGUUUUCAUGCAUUGAGUGAAAGUAAGGAAGAGAAAGAAGUAGACAACCAGAUCAGCUUAUCAAUUCCUUUGCGGUAUGAUGCAGAAAUUCACUUCACAAGGCUUGCCAACAUCAACUUUUAUGAAGUAUACUCUGGUCAUAACAUUCUUUCCACUGUGAAUAAUUUUGAAGAUAUUGGCCCCACGUUCAACUUCUCGGUGAAGGUAACAACAGGAAGUAUCCCAGUAAAGAUGGCAUCUGUAAAUAUCUAUCUUCCAGAAUUCACAAGCAAAGACAAUCCACUGAUGUACAUAACUGCAGUCACCACUGAUGAAGCCAGAGGUGUUACUUGUCAAGCUCAGAAAAAUCCACUGCAGAUAGGGAAAAGACCUUACUCUGCAUCCUUCACGAAAGAGAACUUCAGAGCUUCCAAAGAACUGAACUGUAAGAAUGUGAAGUGCAGUACCAUCACAUGCAAACUGGAAGACAUUAUGCUGAAGGGAGAGUACUUUGUGAAUGUGUCCACCCGAAUCUGGAACGGAACAUUUGCUGCUUUAACUUUCCAGACAUUACAACUCUCUGCAGAGGCAAAAAUCAAUACACAUAACCCUGACUUAUUUGUAAUUGGAGAGAAUACUCUAACUAUCCCAGUUACAAUAAUGAAGCCAGAUGAGAAAGCUGACAUACCAGUUGGUGUUGUUAUUGGUAGUGUAUUGGCUGGACUACUUCUGCUGUUAGUAUUGGUUGCCAUUUUGUGGAAACUUGGCUUCUUCAAGAGACAGUAUGAGAAAAUGACCCAGGAUAUAGAAGAUGUUGAUGAAAUUACAGAACUCACAAAAGACAAAGACUGAAGAUGAUGAGUUACAUGGAUAACGAGAUCUGAGCCACCAACAUUAAUUGUGAUCCAGUUGGUUCUUCAGCUGGAGUGCCUUAAAGCUUAGUAACAUUUAAACAUUUUUAAUGAAAGUGUCUUUUUAUAGAUGAAAAUAUUUUACAAAUUCUACUCUAUUAUGAGAGUAACUGCAGGACAGUUUAUUGGUUGUUUUUUGGUUUGGUGGGUUUUUUUCUCUUUCUUCCCCCAAAAUGAUUUAUAGUGCCUUUUCUUGGAAAUUUUUGCCUUUUAAACAAACUUAGCCCUUAGAACUGGCAGGUCCGGAGUUUACAGUAACAUAUUGUGCCAGCAAUCCUUCUCCUGAUCCCACUGGAGAGUGAAACAGAGCAAUUUAUUUCAGGUUAUUGGGAACGGCAUCAGUUCGUAAUUCAGUUGACAAGUACCAUAUGUGUAAAGGACAUUUUCUAUUAGGUUGAUGAUGAAUGUGUGGUGAAUACUGCUUCCAGACUGCAAGAAGAAAAGUCAUUUUUUCAUUGACUAGCUCCAUCCUUAUUGUCUUAGAGAAAUAAUUUGCACCAGAAACCCUUUGUCUUAACUAAUCUAUAAAGUGGGAACUGCGUAUGAAGAUGCCUGUCUGGGUGCUACAGGACAACUGGAUGGGCAGACUGUUCCAAAAGUUCAUCAUAUUCCUUGCACUAAGGUCACAACUAUAUUACUGAAGUAUAUUGUUCAGGGGAACUAUUGCCAAAUAGUAUGUAUAACUGCCUUCAGCAUACUUUCUCUCUGAGAAGAAAAUAUGAAUUUCAUAAUCACAGCAUGUUUUCUGAAUGUUGUGAUUGGUUUUCAGACUUAAGCUUGAGAAGCACUACCACUACUGUUACACUGGGCUUUAAGCUCACAGUCCCUCUGACGUGAGUUUGAUUAGGUAUAUGUAAAUAGGGAAGACAGUCAAGAUCUUGCCUAUUAAUUCUGUAAUGAAAGAUUUGCAGGACUUGACUUAAAGCAUGAAGUGAAUUAAAGGGGAUGAUCACUGAGGAAGUAUGUGCAUUAAGACAGGGGAUAUUGAAGAUCUAAGCUCUGUAAAUUGUUUACUGCACUUGUUUCUUUAGCAUCUCAGUGCCCUCCAGGAGACCAAAGUUCAGUAUGACCUUCUUACCUGUCACAUUUUAUUUGGUCCCUCAUGUUCAGGCCAUGAUGAAGUUAACUUAUGUUUUAUACAGUAAAUUACUGUACUGCUCUGGAAGGAGCUCUGAACACAACAUGUGGGUGACUGUGUUGGUUACACACCUCAAGUUUAUCAGAUGCCGUUAAUGCUGCCUGGUUUUAAUGAAAGCUCAGUCUUAAAAAGGCACAUGCUGUAAGACUGGUAACAGUCAGGGGAAUUGGCCUUUUGGCUGCCUUUCUCUCUCACGGCUGGCAGUUAUGCUUAUAAUUGUUGUGUGUGUUGCUUUUAUGUACACUGCCAUGCAAGUGAGAUUGUUUCUAAAUUACUUGAAGAGUAAAACAUUUAAAUGUGCCUGAUUCAGUAUCCAAAGUCAUGUUUUCUUUCCCCCAAAGCUAGAUUGUAAUUAUGCUUAGGCACCUUUCAGAUUAUUUUCUGAGGGAGAGACUCUUCAAAACUAGUCUUGAGAUUGUUUCAAAAUUUUACUCAGUUUCUUUUGAUCAGUAAUCAGUCAGUAGCCAACCAUCUCUUUGGCAGAUAAUAGCUUCAUUUGCAGUGACAGCUGGAUUGUGAUCAGUGUACUUUUAUAUGAGUUUUGUAUUUAUUUUGUAGCUAUGAAAUGUUAUGUUUUGGGGUGUUCUGUUGUGUUGUUUUUUUAACAUUCUGAAAAACAAUCCAGAUUCUAAUCUUGACUGUCAAGCAAAAUUAUUGCCAUCAGCUGAGUUUAUGCCCAAAACAAUUACUUAAAAAAAAAAAAAGUAGCAAUUUCAUAAAGCUAAAAAAUAAGCUCCUGACUUUGUAAUUAUAAACCCUGAGGGCAGAUGCUCUGAAGAAAAGACAAAAAAUUGUCUGCCUCAAUUCUUGUAUAAACUUGUCUGGAAGAAAACACCCUACACCCCUAAGUGUGGGAAGCUCCUACAUAACUAGGGUCAUGCACUGCAGGCCCAGAGGGGGAAUUUCACAAAGCAGCAGCUGGCAGCAUCCUUCUUUUCUGGUGUUGCCUGCAAGGGAAAUGUAGGCAUCCAGCCAGAUUUCCUUCUUCCACCUUCAGUGGGAGGUACAGGUCAAUAUCUGACAUCCAGCUUUUUUGGGGAUUUUACAGUUUAUUAGUCAGGUAGCAAUGAUGCAAUUCACCAGUCUUCACUGGGUUUUGCUUUGUCCCAAGCAUGACUUUCCCCUCAGCCUGAACACAAUACUUUUUCCCAAAAUAAAGGGAAGGCAUAGCAAUAGGUAAGGUUUUUGUAUCCUAACCACUUCAAGUUACUAGUUUAUUUUUCUUUUACAAUUAAUACUUAAAUGAUUAGUUCAGUUUAUGUAAUGGGUGAGUUUAUUGCACUUUUAACUUGGCACAGCCACAAAUAAUGCUGGAAAUAUUAUGUAUAUUUUGUAUUAUGUGCAAGGGGUCGGUUAUUGGGGUGGGUUUUUUUAGUUCUACUUUUCUAAAUCAGCAUUUACAGGUGAAAAAGUAUUCUAAAAUGCUGAGCUCUGGCAUGAGCUUCCGUCUGUGCUUGCAGCAAGAAAAGUCAGGAAUACCUUCAGCAAACUCAAGCUAUAUCUGAUUCUGGUCUUGAAAUCUAGUUGCUGACUUCUUGAAGUACUAGCCAAGUCCAAAAUCAGACUUAGUUCCAUAUGAGCCCAUGUAUAGAUUUGGGAUGUACAAGAGAGUUUGUAUUCAACUGACUUCAGAAAGCUAGCAUGUAAGCUCUAUGGGAGCAGGGACUGUAUCACUGUAGUGCCUACCUGAGGGCCCAACAGCGUUACUACAAUAAAAACAAGAAUACUUCUGAA